GCUUUCCGGCAGGGGCUUCAGGGACCGCUUUCCGGCGGCGCCCGGCGAGAAGCGCGAGUGGAUCCUGAGGUGGCGGCGGCUUCCCAGAGGAGCCGAGGCCCGAACGGGGGGCCGGGCCCGAGUCGGGGGCUGGGGCUGAGCGGGGGUCCCCGCCAACCGGCAGCCGCGCCAGGCAGUUGCCGCGUCCUCGUCCUGCUUCUCCGCUGGGGCGCCGCGCGGCCGGGCAGCGGGACCAGGCCGCAGCCGCUCGCCCAGGGGCCUCCGGGGCCCUCCCGGGCUCAGCAUGCCCGGGGUGAAGCUGACCACCCAGGCCUACUGCAAGAUGGUGCUGCACGGCGCCAAGUACCCGCACUGCGCCGUCAACGGACUGCUGGUGGCCGAGAAGCAGAAGCCGCGCAAGGAGCACCUGCCCCUGGGCGGCCCGGGCGCCCACCACACCCUCUUCGUGGACUGCAUUCCCCUCUUCCACGGCACGCUGGCCCUCGCCCCCAUGCUGGAGGUGGCUCUCACGCUGAUUGAUUCAUGGUGCAAAGAUAAUAGCUAUGUGAUUGCUGGUUAUUAUCAAGCUAAUGAACGAGUAAAGGACGCCAGUCCAAACCAGGUUGCAGAGAAGGUGGCCUCCAGGAUCGCCGAGGGCUUCAGCGACGCUGCUCUCAUCAUGGUAGACAACACCAAGUUUACGAUGGACUGCGUAGCGCCCACGAUCCACGUGUACGAGCACCACGAGAACAGAUGGCGGUGCAGAGACCCACACCAUGACUGCUGUGAAGACUGGCCAGAGGCGCAGAGGAUCCUGGCGUCGCUCCUGGAUAGCCGGUCCUACGAAACGCUCGUGGAUUUCGAUAACCACCUGGAUGACAUUCGGAAUGACUGGACAAAUCCAGAGAUCAAUAAAGCUGUUCUGCACCUGUGCUAGGCAGGCUUGGCAGUGACCGGUCUGGGCAUUUCCACUGUGCUAAAGAAGAAAACCUAUUUUUAAAUGUAAAUAGAAUAUCUCGUAGCCUGUGUGGGAAGCUGACGGUCUUAAGAAGUGGCCUGUGCCUUGAAAGAGGGCAGAGUGUUCAGUCAGCCGUCUUCCAACACAGAGCCCCUAGAAGAGGCACAGACCGUCCAAUCCGACCACCCUGUGGAUCUCCCAGUUGUAUGUUGCUAUCUUCCAAAUCAAAGCUAUUUCUGCUUGUCCAAGAUUGUUCCUAUUAAACAGUUUUAACUAACCUUUUAUAAUCUGGAGAGAAUACUUUUUAAGGCUUAUGAACUCUAUUUCACAACAACAACAAAAAGAGACCACAUCUUAUACUCCAA